AUGAAGACUAUACUUGUCCAACCUUUAACAAACACGGGAAAUAAAAGAAAUCAAGAUGUGAGAAAAAUUAGUCCUCACGUGUUUCAUGUUUCGGAUAAUCCAAAUCAAACGCUUCCGGAACCGGAAGUAAUUGAUGGACCCGUGGUAAAUGAGAGCGAAAAGAUAUGUCCGGAUGAUGGGAACAUACAGGAACUCUGGAAUGACUUCCGGGACAACACGACGAUGCACGGACUGAAAAAUGCCAAUCUUAGACAGCGAUACAGGCUACGAUGUGGUAUAUGGGCCGUUGCAUUGCUUGCUAUGGGAUCAUUCCUGGUGUACACGACGUAUGAGCAAUUUACCAACUACUUCAAAUAUCCAACCAUCACCAACACUCAUGUGCAGACGGAAAGUAGUGUAAAAUUUCCGGCCGUCACUCUCUGCAGCGCUUCUUCAUUAAAGAGAGAAGCCCUUCCCAAGAUCCUCAAUCUUGAAUACUUUCUUCUAACGGAGAGUGUGAUUGGUGGCUUUUUUCCUAGGUUGAAUUUAAGCCAAUCAGAAUAUUCGGACUACCAUCUUCCACGAAAUGCAUCAUGGGUAAAUGAAACAUCGAACAAAGUAGAAGAUUUAUUUCUUUACUGCUUCUUUGAGGGAGAGUCAAAAGAUUGUCAUGACGUGAUGAAACCAAUUGUUACAAAAUUAGGAGUUUGUUACACAUUUAAUAGUCGGGAGUAUGUUGAAGAAAAUAAUCACAUUGUGACAUCACGAACCGGAAGCUCGUCAGGUUUACAGCUAUAUCUCAAGGUUGAUCAACAGAACUUUGUCUACAACGAUAUCAUGGCUGCGGGAAUAAAGGUUGUAAUCCAUGAUCAGAACGAGGAACCGGAUGUCGUUGACAAAGGCUUCAUGAUUUCUCCUGGCUUCUCUACGUUUGCCUCCAUUCAUAAAACAGAAUAUCAUUACUUGCCAAGCCCAUAUAAGAUAAAUGGAGACCAGUUCUGUCUGAACACAAAAUCUGCAGCCUUUACAAAUCCACUGACGCUCUAUGACGUGUACAGCAAAAGCGCGUGCAUGAUGGAGUGUAAACAAAAUCACGUGAUCAAACUAUGUGGAUGCAGGUCACCAUUUGAUAAAGGAAAAGAAACCAUAUGUUCGCUUGCAAAAAUGUCAACGUGCUACGAUGUUGAAAGCGAGAAAUUUGACAAAAAUAGCACCGCCCAACAUCUUUGCGCAUGCACAGUCGAAUGUGAGUACAGUGAAUAUUACGCACGAUUAUCAACAGGAUAUUUUCCCGCUAUGAAUUACCAGGCCGUUCUCUCUCAAAUGGGAUUUACCAAUUUUCGGGACACCUAUAUGGAACUAGCAAUUUAUUUCGAGUCCUUGGGAUACUUGAAAGUGGAACAGGUACCGGAAUACAGUUUUGGAGAUAUUGUGGGUAUUUUAGGUGGUCAGAUGGGAAUAUUUCUCGGCGCUAGUCUGUUGACUCUGAUGGAACUGAUAGAGUUUAUUCUAUUGUCGCCUUUGGUUGUCGGAAAACGAGUGUAUCAAAGAGUCUCUAAGAAAUAAUGCGACAUUGUAUGAUAACUGAAUAACAAUAUACGGAUUUUUUUUGCAUUAUAUCAAUCUGCACUGAUGAUAAACAUUUUGAUUGAUUUACUGUUUUAAUAAUUUGAUUUCAUAUUUUACUACGGUAUCAC